GCACCCGGACAUAUUUCGCCCCACGCGGCCGCGCCCCGCGUCCAGGCUUUCUGACGCUUCUUGCGUACGAAAGCCGUGAUCUUUUCCCUACCUCCGUUACUCUCCCGGCCCCACACUCCUCGCUCUGGAAACGACGGCAAUGGCGGUGGACUCCGCCGGCGAUCCAGCGAAGGACGACGUAUCGUCGGCGUCUUGCCCGUCGGUGCACAAAUUGGUGGUGAGCUCCAAGGACGAGAUCCGCGCCGUCGCCCGCAAGUUCUCCGACCAGCCCGUCCAGAACCCCGACCCCGGCGUCUGGGCCGUCCUUACCGCCAUCUCCAAGAACGCCCGCCAGCGCCCCCAGGGAAUGAAUAUUCUUUUGAGUGCGGAUGAGCAUUGCCUGGGUCGAUGUGUAGACGAUACACGUUUCCAGAUUGGAGCACUUGCAGUUAGUGCUAGACAUUGCAGAAUUUUUAGGGACAGAGUAGCAGCUGCUGAUGGAGGGCUGGAUCCCAAUUUGCCUGUGCCAGUUUUUCUAAAAGAUACAAGCACAAAUGGGACGUAUCUCAACUGGAAAAGGCUAAGAAAACAUUCUCCUCAAGUUAGACUUCAGCAUGGAGAUAUAAUAUCUUUUAUUGCUCCUCCUGAUGAUGAUAACUCUUAUGCAUUUGUAUAUCGAGAAGUGCAAAAAACCACUUCUUUAGCAACUGGUGCAGCUUUGAAAAGAAAGUCAGAGGAUGUUGUUGCUGAAAGCAAGAGGCUGAAAGGUAUUGGCAUUGGUGCACCUGAUGGCCCAGUUUCACUAGAUGAUGUACGAAGCCUUCAACGGUCGAACACGGUAUCCAUCACAGAGAAUUAUAAUAGCCCUAGCUUUAAUCAGGAGAGGAUGGGGUUGAUAUUCUGUUCGAAAAGGUUUUGUCUUGAUUAUUUGAAAUAUAUGCAGGAGCUUAGGCAGCAAUUGGAAUCUCAUGUUCUCACAGUUGAGAACUUGCGUAGCGAAAAUCGGGCAUCCAUUGCUCAACAUGAGAAGGAGAUGAAGGAGCUAAAGGAGAUGGUAUCAAAUUCUUUUCUCGAUCAAAUUAAAGAGCUGCAGCAUGUGUUAGAUGGGAAGCAGAAAGAAGUAGAUAUGCUCAACACAUUGUCAGCUGAAUUACGGAAUUCAGUAAAAGAUCUUAAUGAAAGGCUUAGUGCAUCCAUGCAAUCACGAGUUGAUGCUGAUGAGAUAAUUCAGAGUCAGAAAGCGACCAUAUCUGAACUUGAGUCCCAGUUAGAUGAAGAAAGACACUUGAGAAGGGAGGAGAGAGAAAAGGCUGCAGCAGACCUGAAAUCUGCAUUACAGAAAGCUCAUUCAGAGGCUCAAGAGGAAAUUAAGCGGCAGGCUGAUGUUUACACAAGACAACAUAAAGAGCAGCAGGAAGUUAUCAGUAAACUUCAGGAGUCAGAAAAAGAAAGUCGUUUGCUUGUGGAAACACUAAGAUCUAAACUGGAAGAUGCAAGGGAAAGCCUUAUGAUGUCUGAGAAAAAAGUGAGGCAACUGGAAGUCCAGGUUCAAGAUGAACAACUAGCCUUGGCUAACUGUAGAAAGAAAUCAGAAAUGCUGGAGUCUGAAUUGAAAAGACUGAAGAAGGAACUUGAAAGUGAAAAGCAGGUGGCCCGAGAAGAAGCAUGGGCAAAGGUCUCAGCUCUUGAGCUUGAAAUAGCUGCUGCGAUUCGUGAUCUUUCUAUUGAGAAACAAAGGUUCCAAGGAGCCAGGGAAAGAAUAAUUCUACGGGAAACCCAAUUGCGUGCUUUCUAUUCAACAACUGAGGAGAUUACUGCACUGUUUGCGAAACAGCAGGAACAGCUGAAGGCCAUGCAGAAGACUUUGGAGGAUGAGGAGAAUUAUGAGAAUGCAUCAAUAGGCAUUGAUCUGAAUGAACCAGCACUGAGAAAUGUGAAUGUGGCAUGUGUCAGUCAAAGAGGAGGAGAAGCUCAACCGAGCAACAAUACAAGAGAAGCUUCUGCUGCUGCUACUCCAAAGAAUGCCCAAACCAUGAAUGACAGUUCUGAUGAUGAUGCCGGCACUACAGAGAAGCAUGAUUUUGACCUGGGAAGCCAAGAUGGCAAUACCCAAGAUUUAGAAUGCAUGAAUGCAGAUAGAUUGGUUAAAGAAUUUGGUCCAGACAUUUAUGGUGCGGGCCCUGCUGUGGUUCCUGAUGGGGAGCCUACAGACACCGAGCGAGUUCUUGGAACAGAAAGCCAAGCUGGUGAUGCUUGCUUGGAUGAACAAAACACUGCUUUGCAAAAAUGCAGCAAUCUGGGAGGAGACACGAUGCAGCUUGAUGAUGAAGCCCAGGUCCAGGAAAACACACAACCUCCUGGGAAACUUGAAGGCCUAACUGGUGGUUGCUCCAAGUCAAGACUGGAGGAUACAGAGACUGGUACAAUCAGGACUGCUGAUCUUUUGGCCUCUGAAGUUGCUGGGAGCUGGGCAGUGAGCACAGCCCCUUCUGUCAAUGGAGAGAAUGAAUCUCCACAAAGCAUGAGCGAUCCUGGUGCUGGUGGCGGAGACGCAGGAACUGCUAUUGCUACCGCUGCACUGCUGACCUGCUCUGAUGGCCAGGCAGCAGGGAGUCAGAGCAAUGGUGUUAAUGCAGUCUCUAAGCUGAGCAAGGAACAUCAGGUGCUGAAUGCGAUGAUUGAAAUAGUCGCCCCUGAUUUCAGGAAGCAGUUCCAGGGUGUUGGAGGGGAAGAGAAGAAUGAGUCCAUGUCUGAUGCAGAAACGGAGGAGGGUAGCAACAAUGGUGAUGCAUCUACUAGCAAUAUGGAAGAUGCUUCGGAGGAUGAUGCUGCAGAUGAUGACAAUGAAGUGAUGAUUGAAGAUUCUGUUGGGUGAAUAUGAAAGUGAAGAUGAGACGAUGGACGAGGUAGGUAUGGUUCAGGAAGUUUUUUUUUGAUUGUAGAUAUGUGAAUAAAUUUUUUCCAUGUAUUUUAAUAGUAUGUAGACGUCAGAAGGAAAGACUAUUUUCUUGCAAUGAAUUGAAAUUUCUCAUGCUUUCAGCGGUCUA